AUGGAAAUGGCGACGUUAUGGGCUCAACUAGGUUCAGCCAUGGCCACCCUCAUGUUUCUGUACGCCAUGAUUGAAAAAUUCCCUCCUCUUUGUCUUCUUCGUGACUAUGUUCUAGCUUACAUCCAUAGACACACCUCCCUUUUCUCUCCUUACGUCCGAAUCUCCUUCUCUGAAUACUCAGGCGAUCGCCUCAAGUGCAGCGAAGCUUUCUCUGCCGUCCAAACCUAUCUCAGUCAUAACUUUUCCCAGCGAGCCAGCAGACUCAAAGCCGAGCUAGUCAAAAAUGGCCAAAACCCUCUGGUUCUUAGCAUGGACGACAACGAAGAGGUCUCCGACGAGUUUCAUGGCGUUAAGAUCUGGUGGCUUUCCAUCAAAACCGGUCCCAUAACGACCACGUACUCACACUACCCUGUUUCUUCCGGUGAGAGGUUAUUCACUCUGAAAUUUCACAAAUGUCAUCGAGAUCUGAUCACGAGACAGUAUCUGAGGCAUGUGUUGGAUGAAGGGAAGGCCAUUGCAUCCAGAAACAGGCAAAUCAAGCUUCUUACGAACAAUCCGAGCAAUGGAUUGAGCACAUACAACUGGAGCCGUGUUGUUUUCGAGCACCCUGCGAGUUUUGAUACUCUGGCUUUACAUCCCAAGAAGAAGGAGGAGAUUGUAAAGGAUCUUGUUAGGUUCAAAAAUGGUAAGAACUAUUAUGCGAAAAUCGGUAAGCCUUGGAAACGUGGCUAUUUGCUCUAUGGUCCUCCUGGGACCGGUAAGUCCACCAUGAUCGCCGCCAUGGCCAAUUUCUUGAACUACGAUAUCUACGAUCUGGAGUUGACGGCGGUGAAGAACAACACAGAGCUCAGGAAGCUCUUGAUCCAAACUCACGGUAAAUCAAUAAUAGUGAUUGAAGAUAUUGAUUGCUCUCUUAAUCUCACUGGGCAAAGGAAAAAGAUGAACAAGAAUGCAAAAGGAACUAAGGACGAGGAGGAGGACAAGAAAUCCAAAGAAGACCUUUUGAAGAGAUAUGAAGAAGAAGAGAAGAACAGUAAGGUGACUCUGUCUGGUUUGUUGAAUUUCAUUGAUGGAGUUUGGUCGUCUUGUGGAGGAGAGAGGAUCAUUGUGUUCACAACUAAUUUUGUGGACAAACUGGAUCCUGCUUUGAUCAGAAGAGGACGAAUGGAUAAGCAUAUUGAGUUAUCGUACUGUUGCUAUGAAGCCUUCAAGGUGCUGGCUAAGAAUUACUUGAAUAUUGAGAGCCACCACUUGUUCUCGAGAAUUGAGGGAUUGCUGAAGGAGACGGAGAUGACACCUGCCGAUGUUGCUGAGAAUCUGAUGCCGAAGUCAAUGGAGGAAGAUGAAGAGAUUUGUUUGAAGAGGUUGAUUGAAGCUCUUGAAAUGGCAAAGACAGAGAAGAAGGAGAAAGAUGAAGGAACCAUACAGAAGGAUUUGUCUGCUGAGAAAGAGGAGAAAUCAGGGGAAGGAGUGAAGGAAAAUGGUUCCCAUUGA